AUGAACCCCUUCCACAAACUCGACCUCCCCGACAUAAAACUCAGCAUUCACCGCUCAUGCAUAGGAAUAUUUUCCCGCGUCAUGCCAGACUCAAAGCAAACAACAUUCGUCGCAUUCGACUUCAUGCACGGCCGCUGGACAAAAGUCGCCCUAGAACCAAGCCAGCGAAUCGACCAAGUAAUGAGCCUAAAGCAGAACGCCCGGAUGGGCUACGGUUUUGGCGCCUUCAGUCACCUCGUUUAUCUCACCAGCACGACGCGGUGGUGGACGCACGCAUUAAAUAGCGUGAACGAACAAUUAGUCGAAUACGAGGCCCGGCUCCAGACCGAGCUGAGUGGCUCGCAUAUCACUCCUGAGACGGUUUUCGGCGGCAUUAAUCAGGCGCUGCAUUCUAUUGCGGCGCAUUUGCAUCGGUAUAUUUCGGAGCUGAAGUCUUUGCAGGGGAUUGUGACCCUUGAGCAGGCUUCGAGGGGUUUUAGUCAGGUUUCAUCGCAGGUUGAGGCUUUGCAUGAUUUUACGAGGGAGUUGGAGAAGAAGAUUGAGAAUAAUCUUGCGCUGCUCUUCAAUCGCAUUCAGAUCAACAGUAAUAGACGACUCGUCGCGAACGGACAGGAUAUGCAGGCUAUAUUGAGUGCAAUGCAGGAAGAUACUCUCGUCGGUCGUGAGAUGGCCAAGGCUUCACAUGAGCUUGCUCAAGAGAUGAAAAGGGACAGUGUAGCAAUGCGAACUAUCGCCGUCGUCACAAUGUUCUUUCUGCCCGGGGCAACAUUUGCUGUGAGUUCCAAUGAUAGAGCGUCAAUUCUCCACCCCGGAUAA